AAAGAAACAGAAGAAAAACAAUUACAAAAUGACUAAACAAAUAACUUACAUAGGCGCUAUUCAUUAUGUCAUCGCUGCCACUCUUCUUGCUGCUACAACCGUUAUCUCUGAUGAUGCAACACCAAUUCCAGCAGCUGAAGACCAAAUAAAUAGCUGGUUCCAAGCUAAUGUUAAGCCCUUUUCAAGUCGUAAAGGCACCUUAGACCCAGCACUUGAAGCUGCAGAGACUGCACCUAAAAGAAUUAAGGUGAGAUUAGAUGGGAGUGGAGAUUUCAAGAGCGUGACAGAUGCUCUUAAAAGUAUUCCAUCAGGAAAUGAACAUCGUGUGAUUGUGGAUAUUGGCGCUGGAGUGUACACAGAGAAAGUAAUAAUUGAUAGGAUCAAACCUUUUGUCACAUUACUUGGAUCUUCCAAUCCUAUGCCAACUUUGCAAUUCGAUGGUACGGCCAAGAAGUAUGGAACUGUCUAUAGUGCCACUUUGACAGUGGAAGCUGAUUACUUCGUUGCUGCCAAUAUCAUCAUUAAGAACACUGCACCAAGGCCAGAUGGGAGAGCAGGAGCUCAGGCAGUGGCUUUGAGAGUCGCUGGUGACAAGACAGCUUUCUAUAACUGCAGAAUUCUUGGAUUCCAAGAUACAGUAUGUGAUGACAAGGGCCGUCAUUUCUUUAAGGACUGUUACAUUGAAGGAACUGUUGACUUUAUUUUCGGAAGUGGAAAAUCCCUUUAUCUGAAAACAAAUCUCAAUGUAAUUAAAGAAAAGUUUAUGACGGUGAUAACAGCACAAGCAAAGCAUACCAGUUCGGAAGAUUCAGGAUUCUCAUUUGUACACAGCAAUAUAGCUGGAGAUGCAACUGAUGCAUACUUGGGAAGAGCAUGGAUGGAAAUGCCUGAAGUGGUAUUUUCUUAUUCUAAAAUGAGUAACGUUGUCAUUCCUGCUGGCUGGUCCAACUAUAACCACCCUGAACGAGAAAAGAACAUUUUCUUCGCAGAAUACAAGUGUUCAGGACCCGGAGCAAAUCCCAGUGGACGUGCAAAAUUCAGCAAGCAGCUGAGCGAUUCGGAAGCCAAAAGUUUCAUAUCUCUUGGAUACAUCCAGGGUUCUAAAUGGUUGCUUCCACCUCCAAGCUAAGCUGCAAUAUAAGUAACAAAUACAAAUGCAUGCUGGGUGUAAUAGUCGGGGAAACCUGUAAUAUCUAGUGGACGAUAUCACUGUAAUUUAAGAUUUGACUUGUUAAUUCUUUUUUAUCCAUUUUUAAUUAUAUUUAUGCUACAAAUAUUUUGCUUGUAGGCAAAUCAAUGCAUCUGAAAUUAUUUUUUCUUUUUA